AUGCUGACGGGGAAAUCGUUAAACGUUUUUGCUAAAACUCCGGCUCUGGGUCAGGUUCGCUAUGCUUCUAAGAAAUCUCAAAAGGUUUUGAAUCAGACCUCAAGCAUGCGAUCUGAUCUUCGACGUUUUCUUGGACCACGCAACUAUAAAGGAUUUCAUAAACUCAAUCCUUUUUUUUUCCCUUCAGCAAAUCACCAAACUAAUUAUGUUUCGCAAUAUCCAAUCAGAGUCUCUCAUCGUGAUGGUAAAGGCGUCAACUGGAUGAAGGUUUUUGUUGAUGGCAAGAAUUCUCCUCGUCGUCCUGUAGGAGUUACUUCCUCUACUCCCUUUGCUACCAACCCUCAUACGGUUACAAACAAAGUUGUUCCUCAAAAUAUGAAAAAUGAUAUUUUUCAAGAUCUUGAAAGUGGUAAACUUAGUGCUCAAGAGGCUUCAAUAAAAUAUGGUCUUUCGGUUCCUCGUGUGGAAGCUAUUGUCGAAUUAGAAAGGGUUAGACGAAAAUGGGACACUGAAAAAAAAAUUAAUCUUGAUCUUAAACGAAUGGCUCGAGUCAUGGAAGGAAUGCUUCCUAAAGUAGAUUAUUAUCGUAAUAACGGAAACAAUUUUCUUCCAACUGAUGACCUAUCUGAAAUUCCAAUGCUUGAAGAAACUAGAUCUCAACGUUUCAUUACUAUUGCUGAGAGUGAGCCCUUUGGUCCUAUCGAUGCCGCCAACGUUCUUGGGAUCGAAUCAGCGUCAACCUUAUUAGACAAGCUUAAAUCAACUGAAGAUCAUCAUAAGCACCGUGCUUCAACUCAGUCCAAAACUUUGGAAAAAUCUAUUUUUGCCAAAGAUCUUAAAGGAGAAAAAUCAUUACUAAAACUUAUUCCUGCAAAAGUGGGUGAGGUCGGUUUCCGUUAUGGUGCUUCUAGGGACGAUCAAAAACAUAACCGUAAAGUCAGAUACAAUUCUAUUGGCGAAAUGAAAUACGCCUAA